AUGUCAGAAAGAGGCUUGAAUCUUAAAAUAGCAGGCAAGGAAUCAUUUUUUUUGUUAUAAAUUAAAUAUCUUUUGUUAUUUUGCUUUAAUUUUAUAGUUUUUAAGAUUAAUUUUAAAUUUUUUCGUAAUGAAAGUUGAAAUUUUUGCAUUUUUUGCCAUUUUUUAUCCAUUUUUCUGUUAUUUUUAUUCGACAUCUAUUAAUUACAAUAUUAACCUCUGUGGAACAUAGACUCGUAUUUUACACAUUUUGUAAUUUCAGACUUUGUGAUAGCCUCAAUCUUGUCAUCAAUCCAUUACCUCUUCACCAAUCUCUACGACAAACAUGUCCCCGACCCAUACAUGGACGAAGUGUUCCACAUACCUCAAGUCCGUCAAUAUUGUAACGGCAACUACCGUGACUACGACCCCAUGCUCACUACACCACCAUUAAUGUACUUCUUAACUGUAGCUACGUUCCUAUGUGGAAGAGAAAGGGCUUUCAACUCGAUCAUGAUUGGACUCUGUUAUCUGGCAGCCGCGAAGUACGGGCUAAAACAAACAAAACAAGCGAAUCGAUGGGCUGCUGUGGCUGUGUGCACACUACCAGUGCUGUUUCAGACUUCCUGCUUGUACUACACUGACAUGUUGUCUUUGACAUUGGUAUUGGCUGGACUAUCAAUGGAAAACAAAGCGGGAUCGGCGAUGGUAUUUAUGUUAUCGUGCUUGUCGAGGCAAACCAACAUCAUAUGGGCUGGAUUCUACUGUUUUUGUGGACUGAUUGAUCAUUUGAAGACUGUGGGAGAUGAUGUUGUAGUAGAUGGCAAAAGAAGUUCUAGAGAGAAGAGGAAACAUGAUUCUACAUUGAAAGAGAACAGUGGAUCUACAGCAAAGAAGAACAAUAGCUCCACCGUGAGUUCAAAAGCUAACUCUUCGAGUAUUACAUCGUCAUUUGAUUACAUCAAAGCUACAGUUUACUGUGUGGUGUUACACUGGCCAUUUGCCAUCUUGGGAGCCAUGUUCGUCUACUACCUCAUAUGGAAUGACGGAUCGAUUGUGUUGGGUGACAAAACAGCUCAUCAACUACAUCUUCAUCUACCUCAGCUUCUUUACUUUCUGUUAUUCACCAUGUUAUCAUCGUCGAUGCAUGUUCUACCUCGAUUGUCACAAGUCCUACGUAUCUCAUGGUAUUAUAAGCCGCUUCUUGUUGUUAUCUCUGUCUUUAUGGCCUUAUCAGUUCACUAUUUUUCAUAUACUCAUCCCUAUCUCCUUGCCGACAACCGCCAUUAUGUGUUUUACAUUUGGAAUCGGUUUAUGUUGAGGUAUACCUACUUUAAAUACGCCAUAAUCCCUGGUGAUAUAUUGUCAUUGGUUUACUUUUUCCAUACUCUUAAUGCCAGUAGUGUCUACUUUACUCUAGGCUUGUUAUUAUCAACCGCAGCUACAGUAAUCCCCGCUCAUUUGGUGGAAUUUCGAUAUUUUAUCAUUCCCUAUGCCAUUUGGCGUUUGAAUGUUAAUGAGAAAGCGCCGAAAUGCGUCUGUAAUUUUGUUGAGAUCGUAGUGAAUGUCAUUCUGAUUGUAGUAACAACUUAUUUAUUCGUAUUUCACCCAUUCGAAUGGUCGCACGAACCCGGUCGGAAGCAAAGAUUUAUGUGGUAG